AUGUCGCUCGCGAGGGACCAACCUCGAACCGGAACCACGAUCGUGGCGUGUGAGUACGACGGUGGGGUCGUUCUGGGCGCGGACACGCGCGUGAGCACGGGAGUGUACGUGUCGAACAGGGCAUCGGAUAAGAUGAUGGCGUUGAGCGAGUGCGCGAUCAUGUGUCGGAGCGGAAGCGCCGCGGACACCGAGGCGCUCGGCGGAUUCGUGCGAAGAGUCGUCGAGGAGCGCGAGGUCGAGCACGGUGAGCCCGCGGACGUGAAGACGGUGGCGACCAUCGCGACGAAGAUCGCGUAUCAGAACAAAGGGAUGAACCAAGGAAGAGGUCUGAGCGCGUACACCAUCGUCGGGGGUUGGGACAAGCGAAACGGCCCUCAGGUGUACGCGAGCACGGCGGGCGGAAACAUGGUGAAGGAGCGAUGGACCACCGAUGGGAGCGGUUCGACGUAUAUUUGGGGUUUCUUAGACGAUGGUUGGCGCGAGGGGAUGACUCGAGAGGAGUGCGAGGCGUUCGUCGCCAGGGCGAUCGCGCUCGCGAUGUCCGUGGACGGCUCGAGCGGCGGUUGCAUUCGCCUUAACACGGUGGACAAAAGCGGGAUCACUCGAACCUUCAUCCAAGGCAACGACAUCCCGCCCGUCCUGGGAGAGCUUCCGCAGGUCAGAGGUCGACCCGAAAUCGCGCGUCACGGCCACCAGGGCGCUUCGGGGGGCAUGAUUUUGUAA